UGUACCCAAAAUUUAACGAUUUACUAACUUCUUUAACAUGUAAGUAAAAAAAAUGAUCGUAAAUGCACAUAUUUUUAGCCUCUAGUUAAUUUAUAAUCUGUAUAAUAAUUAAGCAAAAGUGUAAAAUAACGCUUAAUAUCCACGUAUGCAAACAUAGUAAUUAUCUAAUAAAAACUAUGUAAUUGCUACAAUUUUAACAAAAAAAUAAUACAUUGUUGUCCAUUCUCCGAGUAAACAUUCCCACAUAAUCCAUUACCGCUUUAAUAAGAAACUACAAAUUUUAAUAACGAUCUAAAACAUCGUUGUAUAAGAAACAUUAAGGACCGAACAUUUAAUCUGACUACCAAGCAAUACUUAGCUAUCGCAAACGAUUCGACCGUAACAAAUUAUUCGAAACCAUUGCUGUUUUUAUUAAAUCCUUACAUCACUAACAACAUAAUAAGCACGCAAUGUAACAAAAAUGAAAUGGAACAAGCGAUUCGACGUUUGAAUUUUGCCAUGUCCACCUCCACACACGAGGUCGACGGUUUAAAACGAAAAACAUAGAAUCAAGCGGCCAGUACGUAUUUUAAACUGCAUCGAGGCUGAAUACGACUGCACCAGUGCCUUUAAAAAGUUAUCGAUCGUAAAUUAAAAAUAGAACGGUUUUGUGUAUCUGUGACUUUUUAAAUCAAGUUCGUUUUCUCAUGCGCUGGAUUUUAUAUUUUAUACAAAAUGCGGAACGCGGGUCAGUUGAAAGCGGCAGCUGUACUUUUAAUACUACACGUAACAGCAACAAGAACUGCCAAAAGUAAUGCACCAUCAGUACAUGAAGUUAUAAAUGAACAAGCAAGGGUAGAUGAUAAGAGACCACUGCCUUAUGGCAAUCCACUCGCUGGGAACUCACUCCAAAAUGCGAAGCUUCAUGCUCAACACCAACAAGCGAUGUUCAACGCCGAAAGAGUGAGACAGCAUAGAGCACAACUCCAGAGGUGGAACAAGGCACCUCUACAAGUCGACAGCUACAUGAAAGCAUACAGAGAAUCACAAGAGAGUCACCAUCUGGCCUUAGAACAAAUGCAAACUAAUCAAAAUCAGAAGAAACCGAAAAGACCAGAAAGACCGAAUUUAAAAAGCAGACCGCAAUUAGAACCAGUUAAAAUUACAAGAGCAGAUGCUGUAGAUAAAAGUAGGAAUCACAGAUCCUAUGGAUCAGUACAUUAUGCUGUUCAGAAGAAACGCAAAAUUAACACUGCACCAGGACCUACGUAUGAUCAAGGAGUCACUAUUAGACCAAACGGUAACAUAGGGUUAAAUAAUCUAGAAAAAGAACCUCAAGGUUUAUACACAUCAGUCUUACCAAGCAAAACGCAAUAUGUAUAUCCUAAAUUAUACAGCCAAAUGCAUUCCUACCAAUCAGCUGAUGAUAUUCAUGCAUUAAAUACUCUAUUAGCAAAACAACCCCAAGAACAACUAUCAUCAUUAAACUCUCUGCUCCACGAUAACAAAGAGAAAGAAAAUAAUCUAGAAACGCCAAUCGAUUUAUUCUUUUAUCUAAACGAUCCUAACUCUGGCAACAAAUAUACGACACAGAACAAUUUCAAUGGACCGUAUGCUACAGAAUUCGUGAAUUACGAAGAUCAUAAACCUAUUACAGAAGAGGUUGAUGAUAUUGAAGAUGAUAGAAAAGACGCUUUAAGAGUUUUCCCACCAUCAACUCCAUCAACCAUGGCACCAGUUUACGAAGACCCGACUACGACGAAAAGUAAUUAUUACAAAAUUGAAGUAGAGCAAACUAUAAGCGGAAAUAAACCUAAGAAUGUCGAUUUUACAUCGCAAGAAAAGCCUCACUAUUCAGCUUUGACUUAUGAGAAGCCUUUGUCGUAUUAUUCUCAUGAGCCAACUGCAGAAGGAGUCAAAUAUCUCCAUCCUCAGCAAUCAGGAGUACAGCAUUUAUCCCAGGAUGGGACUGGAGUAUCAGCCUACGGUGAUGAUGAUAUUCACUACGCCGCCAACUACGAAUUCGGUUACCGAGUCCGAGACCACGAGACUGGGAACGACUUUGGCCAUCAAGAGGCCAAGUCAGGCGACUCAACACGAGGACAAUACCACGUGUUAUUACCUGACGGGAGACUCCAGCAAGUCAGGUAUUCUGCAGGACCUGAAGGCUUCCACGCAGACAUCUCCUACGAUCAUUUGCAGGCCAGCAUUUAACAGCACAAAUGGCGUAAACUUUUUGGUGAUGUAAAAACUUUUUAGAGUAUAGGUACUAGGUUUGUAAA